CGGCCCGCAGCCCGCUCCCGCCGCGGGGGCCGGAGGGCGGAGGGCGGAGCGGCCGUCGGGGCGCAUGGACGGGCCCGGGGCGCGGGGCCCGCGGCGCCGCCAUGAGGAAGCAGAGCGUGCGCACGGCCGCGCUCAUCCUGUGCAUCCUGUCCUACCUGCUGGUGGGCGCCGCCGUCUUCGACGCGCUCGAGUCCGAGGCGGAGCGCGGCCGCCAGCGGCUGCUGGCCCAGAAGCGCGGCGAGUUCCGCAGGAAGUACGGCUUCUCGGCCGAGGACUACCGCGAGCUGGAGCGCCUGGCGCUGCAGGCCGAGCCGCACCGCGCCGGCCGCCAGUGGAAGUUCGCCGGCUCUUUCUACUUCGCCAUCACCGUCAUCACCACCAUCGGGUAUGGCCACGCCGCGCCAGGCACAGACUCGGGCAAGGUCUUCUGCAUGUUCUAUGCGCUCCUGGGCAUCCCCCUGACGCUGGUCACCUUCCAGAGCCUGGGCGAGCGCCUGAAUGCGCUGGUGCGGCGCCUCCUGCUGGCGGCCAAGCGCUGCCUGGGGCUGCCGCGGCCACGCGUGUCCACCGAGAACAUGGUAGUGGCCGGGCUGCUGGUAUGCGCCACCACCCUGGCCCUCGGGGCGGCUGCCUUUGCGCACUUCGAGGGCUGGACCUUCUUCCACGCCUACUACUACUGCUUCAUCACCCUCACCACCAUCGGCUUCGGCGACUUCGUGGCGCUGCAGAGCGACGAGGCGCUGCAGAGGAAGCCACCCUACGUGGCUUUCAGCUUCCUCUACAUCCUUCUGGGGCUCACGGUCAUCGGCGCCUUCCUCAACCUCGUGGUCCUGCGCUUCCUGGCGGCCAGCACCGACGCUCCCGAGCGCGCAGCCCGGCGCUCCAGCCCGCUCCGCCUGGGGGCGCCCGAGAGCCGCGGCCGCUCCCCGCCCCGCCGCCCCACCCGCACCCGGGGCUCCACCUCCGUGUCCUCGCGCGUGCACCAGCUGCAGAUGGGGGCCUGCGACAACCUGGGCUUCUCGCCCCCCUCCAGUCCUGGGGCUGUGGGCAGCGGCGGGGCGGGCAGGCUCCCGGCCCGGCGGAAGUCCAUCUGACAGCCCAGCUCUGGCCUGGGCCCGGGGUCACCUGUCCGUGCACCCUCCUCAGAGCUCGGAGAGGGGUGAAGGGCUGUGGCCUCCAGGCCGUCUUCAGCCACGGGCAGUCUGUCCUUCCCUUUUGUGGCCAGCCCCUAAAGCCGCACCAUAAGCACGAGGGCCACGCUUCAGCUGCCCCGUAGGCGCAAAUCCCUUGUGGUUCAAAUUGUUUCGGGAAGGCGUGGCCACAUCAGCACCCCCCAGGAGAGGCUCUCCACCAGCCCGCCCUCUGGAGUGGGAACAGGUGGCCAUUUUUCUGUUGCGAGAACAGGCAGGUUUUCCGUGUUUCAGGGGAGAGAGGCGACCUUCAGCACUGGAAUCAACAGUGAGGCCAGCCGCUCACAGCGCCAGCAGCACAGGGAUCCGUGGUCGGCAGGAAACAUCUGUGCAGUGGGGAGGAGUGGCAAAUCCGGACUAUUUAAAUGAUCGUUCAUUCUCUCGCUGUUUGGUGUAGAGUGGAACUGGCCCAUGUGUGAAUGCAGCACACCCUCCCCUCCUCCUCAUCUGCUGCUCUUCAUCCUUGGCCAUGCCACCUCAGGAUGAGGGGGGCCUUGCUGACAACCCCCACACCCCUGGGGCACCUGGACGCAGCAUCCUGCUGUGGGAAGAGCCCUCGUCUGGGACCUGCCCAUCAUGUGACCUUGGGGAAUAUCAUCUCCUACCUGGGCUUCAGUUUCCAGCUCUGUAAUAGGACCGGAAUCCGCCACCCCCCCUCCGCCCCAGCCGCCGUGCAUCUCUAGAAGGUUCCGCGCCCACAGUGGGGCGUGCUGGCAUCCUGCAGCAUCUGCUCCUUCACACACCCAACUACCCCUGGCUUCCCAGACAGAACUCUCAACACAAAGCAGAGCGAGCCGGGUU